AUCUCGGAGGGGUGUCCCACGGGAGCAUUCGCGGUGUCAAUCAAGAAAAUGAGGUGCGAAAUUUCGCGGCAUUUCGGCUCAAGUUCCUUUCGACGCGACCCCACCAGAGCUUGGGGUCUUCCGGCGGUCUAUUCAUCAAGGUGCACCCCGGGAGUUGCGGCUUGAACAAGCUGGAGGUCUACGCUGGAUUUUGAGAUUAAUUCACUCCAAAUCCGCGAGGAUUACAUGGAAAUAUAAAAUAGGAUAUCCUUUGAAUUUGUUUUAUGAGAGUUUAAGAUCUGCUUUUUCUCAAGGCUGAGGAAACCUCACAAUAUUUCUCGUGUCAUUUGUGUGAGCUCAGACCGUCUGUUGAGAAAGUUGAGUACCUCUAUAAAUCUUUGCAAGGGAUGGAUUUAUUGAAACCCUAAUUUUAACGAAAAUGUGAUAUUUGAUUGAAUGAACAUCGUUCAAAAUGGCGGAGAUCAGAUAUGCAGUAAUGGCAUUGUAUGCCAUUGUUUUCUAUAGCCUUCUACAACUCAGCGUCGCCCCAGAUGGGGGAAACCACAUCUUGCCUCAAUCUGGAGAUCUGCAAAUGGAAGACAUUCAAAUGGAAGUGGGUGAAUUGAUCCAGAAAUCGAAUCUAAGGCGACUAAGAGCAACGGGAAGAGACGCGAUGGGGAUGCGAAGUGGAGAUAAGACGCAAGGGUCACCGCCCGACAUAGCAUUACGGACUACUCUUGAUGCAGACGACAGCGCACGUGAUGCAAAGGCGGGAAGAAAAUUACGCACCGACCACAGCGCGGAAGGGGAGUACUCAAAAACAAGGACGCAACGCGAUUCCACAACAGGCAUUCAAUCGAGCGGUGAUGCUCGAUCAAAUCGGGGCAAAACGGUCACCGGAAACCAAACGAAGUACGCAGGAGAUUCUUCAACUUCGAUUUCUUGUGCCUCGGGUUUCAAGAAUAAUUGUCAGCGUACUCGAUCACAAGUAAAUAAAACACGAAGUAAACACGAACAGCGGAUUGGAGACGGUAACGUGAGAAGGGAAUUGGUCGACGAGAAAGCUCUUCUAGCGUCAACUGGAUUAAGAAGAAAGAUGAAUGCGUUGAAAUCGGGCAUGCUGGCGAGACGUAGUGAUCCUUUAUCACGCACAGUACAAGCUAGAAAUAAUUCAAAGGAAAUAAUUCGUAACCAUGGAAACUCAUUUUACAAAGAGAUGAGGGAUGGUUCUCAUGAGAGUGAGCAGAAGGUUAGCGAGUUAGAACUUUUUAAAGAUGGCAUAUUCUGGAGUAGGGACGUCGAGACAUUGCUUCCUAACUGGACGUCGGAAGCGGAUGUAACCGCGUGGCUUAACGAUGUUCGGUCGCAGCGUAUUGUGCGGUUGUUACCAGGAUGCGGUCGGGAGAGCAACCGGCUCGCGGUCCUCGAAAAUGGCGUGAUGGUAUGCUGUCGUUACAGACAGAACGUUGAUCAAAUUCAGGGAGAUAUCUUGUCAUUCCACUUGUCGCGGUUAAUUGGUAUCGGGAAUCUACCGCUAGGUGUCUUGAUGAAAAUCGAACCGGACAGCGAUCAGUGGAAAGCGGUUAAGAAAAAUAUCACAGCGGCUGGUUGGAAAGAAAAUCGAAUAAUCGUGGCGACAAAAUGGAUACCCGAUUUAGAACCCGCAUUCGUACCUCUUGAAUUAAAGAGUUUGAACGGAACAAUACGCAGAACACCUCUUGACAAAGUUUCCCGGAUAAGUAGAAGCCCGGAUCGUUUGGUAGAACUUAUACAGUGGUCCGAUCUUGCCAUAUUCGAUUAUGUAACUGCGAAUUUGGAUCGGGUAGUCAACACUUUGGUUAACCUUCAGUGGAACCGACACAUGCUCAUGCAACCGGUUCACAACCUAGAAAUGUCGAAGACGGAUAGAGGGUUAUUGUUUCUUGACAACGAAUCCGGCCUACGACACGGUUAUAGGAUGUUGGAUCAAUUUGGGCAUUACCACGACCAGAUUCUUAAGUCGUUUUGUGUGUUUAGGGAGCAAACAGUGCAAAGAUUGAAAAUUCUCAGUGAACAUGUAAAUUUUUGGGAGUUAUUUAUGCUUAAAGUUGAUUCUGAAGAACCGUUAUUACAAAAUUUGCCGUCCUAUCCGCCUAAGUUCCGAGAUGUUUUGAAAAACCGAAUGAAAAAUGUAGUCCAUCAUGCAGAAAAUUGUAAACGAAAUUCACUAAAGUAAUGCACGAUUCCCCCUCUCAAUCCUCUCCUGUAAAUUCUAAAGUAAUAUUUAUAUGUCGCUUUGAAAGAUGAUUUAUCAAUUUGUGUAAUCCUUGGUUAUUAUAUGGAUUUUACCAAAAUAAAUAUGGGCAGUACCAAAUAAGAUAUGAAAUUGAUAAUGGUGUACUACUGUGACUGCUAAACCAUUUUAACCUGUCGUGUUGAAGGGUACUCAUUGUCGGCCUACUUCUUGUUAUUGUUAUUUUUUUUAAAUAAUACGAAUUUGAUAAAAUAACCAAUGUGUUAGUAAAUGUGUCCAACCAAAAAUAUUGGAAAUUACCAACGCGACGGCCAUAAUCACAGAACCGUCGUUUAACCGUUCUUCAAAACCGUCGUUUGAAACCGUAGCAAGAGUUGGGUUGAUUAACUUGAUUUUAUCUCUGUUACUGGUAUUUUUCUAUUUUUCAGACACAUUGGCCUUUUCACCAACCUAUUCGUUAUUUAGACAGAUUUUUUAAGGAGUAAAUUUCAAACAGUACUAUUGUGAAGAUUUUAUAGCAGUAUUUUCAUGGAGGAUCCAUUGUAUUUUAUAAACUAUGAUAAUUAAGAAUUACUUGUUUGAUGGUUGUUGAUAUUCUAUUGCAUAAUUAUUGCUCAUAUUAUUCGCCAUACAUCAUUAGGAUGCUUUGAAGAAUAACGGGAGGAAAAGAGGAGGGAAGAUAAUAUGUUUCUGCGGAUGCUCAGACCUAGGGAAAGUAAGAACUGAGCAUACGUACGUAGACUGACUUUCACUGUAUUAUGAAGCAAUCGUUUUAUGUUUUGUUUUCAUCCAUUUAAUGUUCUUUCUGGCUCCUAAUUCAGCCUGCUUACAGUUCAUAAUUAUUGUUGUGCAAUAUGGGUCUCAAUUGGAAGUGAUUGAUUGAAAAAAUCUCAACUUGUGAUUAAUCUCGACUGCUGUAGAGUUGAGAUUGGUUUUAAUCAAUCACAACUCGUUAUUUGAUGGCCCAGUUUAUAUUAAAACGCUAAAGAAUGACAAUCAAAUAAAUUCUACGCAUGUGUUAUACGCAAGCAGUACGUAUAUGUUUAAACUGUUAAAAAGUGUGUCAGAAAUCUGUUCGCAAAGUUACGCUCAGCUUUACAAUCGAUUGCAGUAUAGAACGCCAAAAUUAAAGGGGAAAUUCACCCUGAAAUAAAGUUUGUUGUAAAAUAGAAAUAAAUAAUUAAAAAAAAACAUUGGUGAAGGUUUGAGUAAAAUCCAUUAAAGAUUAAGAAACUUAUUAGAAUUUCAUUUUUUUGUUUGUGACGUCAUAAACGAGCAGCCUCCCUAUAAUGUUAUGUAAUAUGCAUGCAUUUCAAAUUUCCUAAUGGUUCGUGAUGACUCUAUGUUUUGUUUUUGUUUUCGUUUUAGGAACAGGUGUGAAAUGAUUUAUAUAUUGAUUGAUAUAAUAAAGGUACAUUAAAAACCAUUUUCAUUUAUUUUAAAGAAAAAUUACAUUUCUUUAUUUUUUUUACGAUACGAUAAUUAUGUAGGAAAGCUGCUCGCAUAUGACGUCACAAAUCAAAUAAUUCAAAUGCUAAUAACCUUUUUAUUCUUUGAUGGAUUUUUCUCGAACCUUGGGCAAUAUUUUUUUUCUGCUAUUUUGACUCUCGAUCUUAUCCUAUUGUUUGUAUAUGUUGUUUAUGUGUUUGAUUACGCCGAAUAAAUAAUAAUAUUAAUAAACUUUUUGAUAGGGUGAACAAACCUUAAGUUCAAAGGGGAACACUUAAAGGGGAACCUUUAAGUGAAAGUUUUGCUUAUAUUGAACAGGUAUGACUGAAUGUAAAGUACUUAGGCACAAAAGACCAUUAAUUGUUUUUUUAGAUAUAAGAUUGUGACCAAUAUCAGUAUACUUCAACUAUGGCUAAUUCGAUUAAAAGUUAUCAUGGUUGUAAGGACACACAUUUGGCUUGCGAUAUAUCCCAGUCGUUGGUAAAGUUGUGCGAAACACAGUGUUGCUAUUUGGGGAUUUCCUUUGGGGAUGGAAAAACUUAUUUGGCGAUUAAAAUAGAUUUGGGGAUUUUUCAUGCAUUUUAGGGGAUCUUUGAAGGUUUUGAUGAAAAGCACUAAGAUUCGUAAUUUUUCAGUAAUAUGAUGCUAAUAAUUGUAUACGAUCUACUGUAGAUCAUAUAAUGUAUACAUCAGCGCAUUUCCUACGCAAUUCAACCAAUGUAUUCAUUACAUUGAACUUAAUUGUCAUUAGUACCGUAUAUAUCUCUAUGGUUGUAUGAAACAAUGGUAUUGUUGCCAAUCUACUUUGCAUCGAAACCUAAAAAAAAUGAAAAGAAUUAAAAAAAAUCUGCUGUGUAGUAUGUUGUGAACAAACAAACACAUAUUACUAGUUGUGGGCAAUAAGGUGGCAUGAUUAAUGUCCUCGCUUUUUCAUAAAUUAUUGUGAUUUGAAAAAAAUGGGGAUUUAGGGUCCACUUUGGAGAUUUUUCGAGUGCCUUUUGGGGAUUUUCUUCAGCUCGGACCUAGCAACACUGUCGUAACACUAAACGAAUGACUUCGUUAAACAACCUUGCAAUAUGUAAGUUUAAUAUAUAUAUAUUUAUCAUCAUUAUUUUUAGCGUAUUAAUCAUAUGAAAUACGGUAAUCAGAAUUAUGUUUCUAUGUUACAGUUAAUAGAGCGCAUACAAUAUAUUAUUAAAUAGAUAAUGUUAAAAAAACACAUGUAAAUCGUCAUCGGCAUCGGCCGUACUGUAUUAUAAGAGACAAUCACUUUCAACUUAUUUAUUUGCAGUAACUAUAACGACAAUCAAUAAGAUGCACAAAUGUAUUUAUGAUAUAAUCAUGAUUAUGUUGUCAAAAUGACUGUUUCAGAAAAAUAAAUUGAAAUAUCUUUAUUACAGGAAGACAAUGCAGUGGUUUUUUAUUAUACUUGUAUAACCGGGCCCCGUCUAAUCAAGUUGCGCACGAUUUUUUUAGUUGCGUUUGAUCGCAACUCUUUCUUCAACGGGCCCCUGAUCCGAUCAACCACAAGUCCACAACUAUAGAAAGCCAGCAACGUCAAGAUAUAAAUGCGUGUCAGUGUUCGAAAUGUUUUCUUGACAAUUCAGUAUGCCCAUCUUUGUUUAUUAACACGAUUAAAGGACAUUUUACAAACGUUCCUGAUAGGAAAAUUAUGACAUUGAUGUAUUUCUAUAUACUUGAGAUUGAUCGGAUCAAUCACAAAUCUUUGACAAUUAUUGCUCCGCUGUAAAUUCCAUAUACUAAUGGAAUUACCAACUUCAGUUCUCCUACUCCUAUUUUCUAUGCCCUUAUUAUGGUAGGGUUGUGCAUUUUUUUAAAUAAAAAUUUAUCUGACCGAAAGUUGGUCUCCCCGUUUCGUCUCGGAGUCUCAUCACUGAAAAAUU